AAAUGAAGAUCCGUAAACUCGCUUAUGUAGAGCCGCUCCAGAAGACAACUUCAAAACGGAAAACAAGACUCCUGAAUUUUUACGAACAGACAUUGGUAAUGCAGAAAAUAAGUUAAAAUUUAAUGGCAUAAAACAUGGAUUCAGAAGCCAUGUAUCCAUGUCCAGAUCCUGAUAGAAAGUUAGCAUGGACCACUAAUAAAUCAGAUUUGUUGGGAGAUGAUGUUGGUGAUCACGGUGAAGAAACUGACAGAGGUGACUAUGCAGAAGAGACCAAAGAUUCAGGAGAAGAGGAGGGCAAUGAUAUAGAAAAAGAGUCAAGAGAAGUGAGCGAAGCAGAAAGGAAAGAAGGAGAUGAGGAAGAAGGCAAGAAAAAGGGCGUAAUAGAUUAUGUCAAUGAUUAUUUAGAAAGCAUAUUUACAACAUGUGAAGAGUAUGAUGAAGAGAUUGAGGAAGAGUUAACUGCGAUGUAUAUUUUGCUUUGGAGAAUUUUGAGUGGCACAGUUGGUGUUGUUGCGAUUAUAGUAAUAAUCAACAAGUACCCCCAGUAUUUACAAACACUUCAUGAAAAUCAACUAUGGUUUUCAAACAUUAAGGAAGUGGAACGAGAAAUUUCAUUUCGCACUGAGCAAGGCCUGUAUUACUCCUAUUACAAGCAGAUUCUUCAAGCUCCAACUUGGCAAGAAGGUAUUAGAGAGCUGGUAAGAGAUAAUAAAACAGAAUAUGGCCGUACUAUAAAUAUAAUUCAUCGAUUCAAUGUGCUUCCUGAAAUUACCCUCAGUGCUGUUUAUAAGUUACUCAAACCCCAAGAUCCUCCAAUAUUAUUCUAUGUUACAAAUGUGUUUCGACUUCAUGGCUUAUAUCUGGCAGCACUAUUCAUGACUUCUUGGUACCUGAGCAGCUCCUGCCUGGGAGGAGUCAUCACAGCCCUUCUGUAUUUUGUCCAUAGGGUUGAUACUACUCGCGUCAACUACACUGUUCCCUUGAGAGAGAGUUUUGCUGUUCCUCUUCUUUUUAUUCAGUUACUGUUGCUGUGCACCUUGUUGAAGUCACACAAAUGGCAGGUAGUGAAAAUGUUUGGGAUAUUUUCUUUAACAGUAACAUUUCUGCUCAGCUGGCAGUUUGGACCAUUUGUCUUACUAUGUCAACUUUUGAUUAUCAUGGGCUUAGGGAGACUUCGCUUUAUAUGUGAAAAGAAGGUUGUUCUUUUGGUCUGUGUUAUUGGAGGAUCACUUUUGACAUCAUGCCUUUUGCAGUCAUAUCCUCCAAUGUUAGUAUCAUCUCCAGCUCUCUCCAUGAUCGUGCCAGCAAUAAUGUUGAGUUCUACAUCAGCUCCCAGUAAGAGACUUGGAGGCUUUGUCCGGAUUUUUGUAACAGCAGCAGAGUUAGGAUUGAUGCUGAUAGCUACUGUGGUCAUUAAUGGAUUAAUAAAGAACUUUCUAAAUAUUGAUGCUGACUCUCAUGUAUAUCAACUUCUACUUGCCAAAUUGCAAAUGGGUGAUCAGAGGGACUUCGACUCAAGAAUUUACAUGUGCAAUGAAGCCUUCAUGUAUUUAGAUAGUGAAACAGUAUGGAGGUUAUUGCAAAGUGGCAUGUUGCCAACAUAUGUGCUAAGUGUACUGGUGUUUGGUUUAUCUUUAGCAAAUGACUUCUUUAAAAAAGUACAAGAUGAUGAUGGUGUAGCCUACUCUUCUUUGGUUGACAAUGAUGUAGAGAGUGAAGAGGCAAGAGAGGAAGAAUUUGACCUUUCAAAAAUGGAAACUAAUCAGUUUAAUGGAAUUAAGAAUUUUGUGGUUAAUACUGAUAACCAACAAUCAUGUAGUGAUACUCGGCCUGAUAAUACUUCAACAAGGAACAUACCACUGGCAGUUACAACUCAAAAUAUGACAGAAGAUAGGCCAGAUCUAGUCUUUGUUUUAGGUGUGUCCAUUUUGUGGAGUGUCCUAGCAAUUCUGAUAUUACGGCUGAAAGUGAUCUGGUUGCCUACCGUUUGCAUCCUUAGUGGUGUGUUUGUAAAUGAUUGCAGACUAUACAACUGCUUCUUUUCUAAAUGUGCAAACGUCAUGUCAUAUUUUCCAAGGUGGUUUCCUGGAUUCAGUAAGACGGCUGUUUCAUUAAGUUUUGGUGGAUUCAUUAUAUAUAAGUAUUGGGGACAGAUUUCAACAGACAUUUGGCCUGAAGAGAUGUAUGAAUUUUGGGAUCCUGAUACUGUAGAACUCAUGGAAUGGAUUCAGGAGCACACUCCCCAUGGGGCUGUGUUUGCAGGCUCUAUGCAGUUAUUAGCUGGUGUGAAAUUGUGCACAGGACGGUAUAUUACAAACCAUCCUCAUUAUGAAGAUUCAUGGCUUCGGCAACGAACUCAUCAAAUUUACCACAUAUACGGACGAGAAUCUCCCAAGGUUGUACAUAAAGCUUUGAGGGAUGCUGGAGCAACCUAUAUCAUAUUAGAGGACAGCAUAUGUCUAGCUGCUGAAGAUCCAAAGAACCCCCUGUGUAAACUUAUAGACCUUGUUGACUUACAUAAUGGUCACGUACCACGUAACAGUAGUCAUGGAAUACCAGGAUUAAAGAAAGCUGCUCACGAAAGAUUUUGUCAUGCCGUCCGAUACGAUAAAAAAGACUACAAGCAGUUUUUCUCUCUUGUUAUGAGCAACAAAACAUUCAGAGUAUAUAGAGUUGCAAUUACAUAGUAGUAGGAAUAUGUUGGUUUUGUAGUUGUAUACAAAGUUGACAAUUUUUUAACACUUUUGUACUUAUUGCAAAUUCAGCAAAUGUAUUGGUGUCAUAUUGCUAUUAAAUAAAAAACCUGUUUUUUAAUUACUGGAAAUAUUAUGUAUUGCUGCAGUAAAUCUUGCUAAUCAAAACAUAGUGAUCUCUGCUAUUCACAUUACUUUUAUAUCCAUUUGCAGUUUUAGAAAUCUGCAGUCCAUUCAUUACUAAUUAAAUUGGAAUGUUUUCUAUUUUUGUGGCAUACUGUGAGAAACUAAUGAUGCUCGCAGCAUAGAAAAUCUAAAGAAUCGUAAAAAGUUUAGGAAGCCAGUAAUGUUGAAGGUAAUUCCUAAUAUCCACUCUGUUUAUAUUCCACUUCAUAAAUAUACGUAAACUUUAAAUUAAAGAGUUAACUUGUAGAAAGUUACAGAUCUUUGCACUAUGUUUGGGAAUGUCACAAAUUUUGGCAGCUUAUUGACCUGUUUUUCUCACAGUGAUGAUAUCGUUUCUCAUUUUUCUCAUUUUUUUGGUGUCCAUUUCAUCAAUAAUGUUUGAUGAAUAACUGUUAUUAUGAGUCAAAAACACACUGCUUCUUAAAAUGCUGAUAAGAUAAGAUACAAGAAAUGAAGACCUUUUAAGGGAAGUUAAUUCGACUGCUGCAUUUGUGUGCCAUUACAAGAUAAAUGAGGUGACAGCAAAGUAUAUAAUAUAAAGAAAAAUGUAAUGGAAACUUGCAGUGCUUUUGUAUAAGGAACAUGCUGAUUCACUUCUGAUGCUUGAAUGAACAACAGUUUUGUAAUGUGUUACAGUUAAGAAACUAGUGUACAGAACAUAGUUCAUAAUCAGUAGUGUUACAUAGUCAGUUGCUCGUGUGUUUACAUACAUGUGUGAAAGUCUCAUAACCAGUAUGUGUUAGAUCAGUUUCAUGAUUAUCAUCAUUCAUCAUCAUUGUGUUAAAGACUUCUGGAUGUGGAAGUAGAUGUUAGCCUAUCCUUAAAUUGACAUAAGGAGUCAAAAGGUGUUUUAUGCCUUAAAAAUUGUUUCCAAUUGAUAUGAAAUUUAUGGUUUUUAUUACUUGUUUACUUACUCUAUUUAUUUAUUUUACUUUACUUAAUGAAUGUUGAUGCAUUCAUGGUGAUCAAAAGAUUUAUGUACUAGAUGGAAUGUUCUGAGAUACCUAGCAUUCUAUGGUGUUAAAGACAAAGUUUAGGGGGACAAAAAUUAUUUGCAGAUUUAGCACACUACCCCUCCUGCCCUUGCCCUUAACCCCCAGGAAUGAAAGAGACAGCAGUUUUAGAUUAUUGUGGUCACCUUUUCUGCUUAUUCUGCAUAAGGUAUGGUUGUAUUAUUUUUUACAUGUUUUUUUAAAAGCACCCUUAUUUUUAAUAACAUUCUGGUCAUUGUUCUAAAGGGUCCACAAUAAUAUAAUUGUUAAAAUAUCUUGUAAAACUUUAUAAAAACUUGGCAAAAGCAUUCAAACUCUUCCCUGGGUUCAUCUUCAGUCCAAAAGAUUCUGGUCAGUAGUUACUAUUCUAACAUGUGUACAUUGUAAGUACCCUCUCCCACAUUUUUGCACAUGAAAUACAGCCACUAAAAGAAUUCAUGCUUCGGUAUGUUAUUGAACUCCAAUAUGAUGUUUGAUUAUCGCAAAAAGUUAAUUACCACUAAUUGAGUUUUUUUCUUAAGAUGAAUUGUCACUAAAUGUUAGAUCACCUCUAAUUAACAGUUUUCUUUUUGAAAAUAAGAUACUAGAGAUGCUAAAUUUUUUCUGCUCACACUUUACAAGUAACCAGUGGCGUUAUCGGUAUGGUGUUGGCGUGCCACCUCGGUGGCCGCGAGUUCAAUUCUCCGACAUUCCAUUGAGGUGUGAGAGAUGUGUGCUUCUGGUGAUAGAAGUUCCCUUUUGACGGGGUUCGGAAAUCACGUAAAGCCAUUGGUCUCGUUGCUGAAUAACUACUAGUUCCAUGCAACAUAAAAACACCAUACAAAUAAGCAAAAAAAAAUAAAAAAUAAAAAAAAACCAUACUCACCAGAUAAUGGUUUGUAUUAUAUCAUUACAGUUUUGGUCGCAGUUUCUUGAUAUCAUGCCUGCUUGAGGAGGUGACAGAACCAAUCAAUAUAUUAAUCAUUGCUAAUAUAAUCCAUUCCAACAUUUUUCAGUCUUGCUGUUUAACCUCUCUAACUACUACUUAGUUCAACUGUAGGGUUUUCUCACAGUUCCACCUUCAGAUCCUUGUACUUGUGCUCCAUUUUUAUUAUCAAGCUCUGCAUGGCUCCAGUGUUUGGCCUGACAGCUUAAAUUUCAUCACUCAUAAUCAUCAUUAUUGUAACGUAGUAUUGUUAAGUUACAAAGUUUUUCUUGUAUAAGCUAGUAGGGUUCAUGAUUUCUUUGUCACUAACAUGGUUGUGAUUAAUGAAUAAUUUUGAUGUGAUAGAUUGAGUCAGUACUCCUCGGAUACAGAAGACUUAAUUAGUGACAAAGUGAUGGCUGACAUACAGGAACAAAGAUAUAUUUAAUACAUAAGGAACUUACUGGAAUGUUUCAAAUGCUAAGGAAGAUAUAAUAGGAAUAUACUCAGCUGUGGCAGGUGUUGUCAAAACUGCUUCAAAUGUACAGUUACUUCUAAGUAUUCAUUGGGGCAAGAUUAUUUAUGUUUUGUUCAGUCAUGACAAGUAUAACAGAAGAGAAUGUUUGUGUAAAUUUUAAAACAGGGUAUUUUACUUUUUCCAUUCUUUUUCUUUAGUCUUCUGCAACAAUUUGUAUUUAGAUAUUGAUAAUUUUUUCAUAUUCAUCAUUUUCUUUAUUUUUUCAUGCUAUAUUGAUUAUGGGUGGGCAUAUGGAAUCACUAUGCAGCACAACUUUGAGAGAUAGUGGUUGCUUGAUAUCCAGUGGCAGAUACUGUAGAGAAUAGUUGUAAAGGGCAUUUCAGAUUUUGAAUGCAGAUGAUUACCGCCUUUCAAUAGAGUGAUAAAUUCAAAGCGUGGGAGGGACUUAAGAAUCUUUUCUUUUAUCAGAACACAUUUACCCCUGACGUAUCGCAAAGUUGAGCUAUGCUAGUUUAUGCUUAAAAGUAUUUUGGAAUAUAGUCUUUGCUUAUCACAUAAGACUUCAAGGGUUCUUUCACCAUAUACAUUCUGUGCUCAAUGCAUACUAUAUGUUUUUCACAGUGAUAGGCUCCAAUUCAUUAAUGUCUAGUAAUUCAGCAUAUGCUAUGGUGGAUGGUUGGAAAGUGGUAUCAGGUAUACAGUUAUUAUAUUGAAGUAAAUACUCUCUUACCUUUGACAGACUUCUUCUGUAAGUUUAUAUUGAGUAAGGUAGGUUUAAGUGGGUGACUGGUAAUAUAUUUUACUAACCUGAAAAAUUUAUGGCCUAGCAUAGAGUCAUAGUAUAACCUUCCAGUUUCUCUCAGAUUCAGUAGAGUAAUUUUAGUACAUAUAAUAUUUCCAUUUUUCUUUACUUAAUAUCCUGAAUAAAUAAAAAUUAUUGAAGUAGUAACCGAAAAGGUUACAAUGUACAAUUUUUAGUCAAGUUCGUCUAGUACAAAGUGUUGGAGGUGGUGACAGGGAUGUACAGUUUACUUAUUAACACUAUUGAAAUAGACAUUAAAUACUGAAAUCACUAUAUUUUCUUCUGAAAUGUUUUCUUACCUGUAAUUUGCAGAGGAGAACCAACCUUAGUAGCAAAUGCCAGAAGCAGUUUAGGUAGUUUGGGAUAGACUGUGUAAUGUAUAUUUAUGUUUUUAAAGAGACAUUAAUGGCCAGUUUUAUGUAAACAACGCAGUAAACAGCAGCUUGGGGGGGGGGGGGUUUUGUUAUUAAAGCAUUCACCGGUACCCAUUGCCUAAAAUUACUUGCCUGUACCAGUAAUUUUUAUGAUUCUUCUUCACUACUUGAGUUCUUAUGAGGAUUAAUAAUGUUAGUUUCAAGGCACAUUUAGAUAUUUGUCAUAAGCUUUGUCUUUCUUUCAUAGUAUCAUAGUAGUUAUAGAUCUUUAUGAAAUAGGUUGCAAGUUGCUCAUUUUAAACAUGUUACCACCAUGACUUAUAUACUCCAGUGUACAGUACUUUUUUUCUAGGUUGGAUGCCAUAACCUGGAUGGCAAAUCAUCUGACUUAUUUUCACAGGUAACAGUUUGUUUGUGAUAACUGCACCAUAAAGUAGUAUGGUAAUCCUUGAAACAGAAAAGUGCUUUUGAGAAAAGUCAGUCUUGUUGGCUGUGAGUUAUGAAAUCUUUUACUUCUUAUGUGAUUUGUUUCAAAGUUUUGUAUAGUGGUGCCUUAGUCCUGCAAAAUUUUUGCUUAGCAGAUAGGUAGGCAUUUACACUGCUUUGUUGUACAGUACAGUAGUGAUCAGUUUCUAAAGGAUGUUGUGAAAUUAUAUUUCAAAAGAUACAAACACCUUUUGAAAAUAGUUUGUGUAUUUUAUGGCAUAGCUCUUGUAAGAGGCUGUAAUGCAUGAACCUGACAGGGUUUUUUUUCCAUUGACUAAAUUCUAAUCCCUGAACUUUUGCAAUUAAUUCUAUGAAGCUAGGUAUUGAAUGUAAGCUAAGUAGCCAGAUAGGUAGGUAUUUCUUUGGCAAUUAGAGGAAUCAUUUUUUUUUAUUGUAAAAUAGUUAUACCUGACUGAAGAGGGCCAUCCAAUACACAUUGUAGGUAGUACCUCCUUUUGGGUAGCAAAAGAAGUACUUUGGUAAUAUUAUAUCCUUAUGUUAGACUGGUGUUGAAGAGAUAAAACACUAUUUUAGAAGAUUAGCUUAUCAAAUCCACUUGAUUAUUAGUUGGAACUCAUGGUGGUGAUUGAACUAAAACAGGUAUUUAUCGUUGUUAUCUUUGUAUCCAUAGGUUUGACAGUUUUUAACCAUACAAGUGAGGUUAAAUUUGCAAAUUGAUUACAAUGUAGUAAUCAAUAUAGUACUACAAUGAUUGUAGUACUAUAUUUUUCUCAUAUUGCUUUGAAAAAUUUGAUCUUUGAAAAAGUAAAACUAAUUUAGGUGUUGUUAUCAUUAUGAAAACAAUUUAACCAGAUCACUUAGUCGUAUAUCCUUACACUCACAUGGCCUUCUCUAAGGGUUUUUCCAUGAAUAAGGGAUGACAUUUGUGUUGAUGCAAGCAAUUACGAAAUUUAGAUGGAUAUUGGUGAAGGCACCAAAGAGAAUGGACAAAAAGUAUUGACGCUGAGAUUGAAGGGAGGAUUAGCUCUGUGUAGCACACUGAAGGUGAUACUUCUAAAUGGGACUGAGUUUUUUAUCAGGAAAAGUUAGGAAUUUUUAGCAAAUAAACAGUUAUCAUGUUCACAUCUUUUCAUGCUAAAAGAUGUGUAGUGACACUUAAAUAGGUGUAAAUUUAUAACACAGUUUGCUGUGUCUUUAUAUUUGUUCUGCUUGUGUCAAUUUUCACAGCUUUUUCCAAUUGCUAAUAUGUACUGUACUGUACAAUAUUGUAGUUUUAGCUUAUACCUUAUAGCUUCGGUCAAUAGUUAUCAAGCUUUGAGUUUUCUGUCUUAUAUUUUUGUUUUUAAGGUACAUAGUGUACUCAUGCAUUCAUUCAGUUGGUAACAAAUUACAGUAUAGGUAUUUUAUUUUCACGGGGAUAUACGACUGAGGUGUGAUUUUUAGUUAAUUUUGUUCCAUUUAUGGUUUUACUUUUGUAUAGGCUGUAAUGAUCACAUGAUUGCCAGUACUGUACGUAGAGCAAUAGUAUUCAUGCAGUUUUGCUUUUCACUCACAUACUGGAAGAUAACUGAAUGCAAGAGCUGGAAUUACUAGCUAGUUAUUCCCCUACACAUUCCAUUUCAUAUUGUUUUUAUCUGAUGAAUUUUGAUAGUACACACAGACUUGUCAGGUCAUUCAGUGUUUGACUCCCAAGAGUUUCUUGAUAGAUUACUGUUUUUGGAUUUUUUAUUCCUUGGCUGUUUUUUCACAUGAAGUGUAGAGUAUUUAAUAUAAUAAUAAUUAUGUUUUUUCAAUUAAUGUUGGUUGUAUACUCUGUGAAACCAUGAGAACAAAACUAAAUUUGUAAAGUGAGAAGCUUUAUGAAACAAUAAAAUUCUUGCAUUAUUUUUAAUUGUACAUGUUGUCAGAUCACUGAUAUAUUGGUUGGCAAAAGUGAGUGUAUUUUUAGAUUAGAAAUAUUGAUAAUCAUAUCACAUACCAUAUCAUACAUAUAAUUAUUAUGGUCAUCAAGAUGGACAUCUGAUGUAUUCCCCUGAAGAGAUGUAAUUUUGAUAGGUACCAUAUAAAAUAAUGUAUUAAUAGUCAUUAAUUUUUAUUGAAGGUAUAAUUCAUUGGUUUUGAAUUGUUUCUUUGUGCAGAUUAUUUUAGUCUUUCAGAUGACAUGGUAUAAUUGUACUUACUGUAAAUGUAUUCUUAGAGAUGUGCCAAUAAUUUUAUAUUGAGGUUAAAAUUGUUACUGAGGAAAUCUCAUGUUAGGCUUUUCAUAUUUUUAUCCUUAUGGGUCAUAAAAUAUUAGUAGCAGAGUGAUUUGUGCUCCCUGACAGGUCUGUAUUUUGUAUUAAUGCUACCAUAGCAGAAAUUGGUUUCAUACAAUUUUUUGUAAUAGUUGAUGGAACCAUUUAUAAUUUAUUAUUGUUCCUUAAAUUUAUUCUUCAAAUAAAUUGAUCAAAUAAUGUGCUUGUUACCCAUGUACUAGCUCAUAAGUUGAUACAAACUUUAGACUUCUAAAUCAAAAGAUUCACUUAUUGCUAAUGAGAUGUAGUAAAUCAGUUACAUAGUUGAAAGUGUAAUUAGUUUGAGGAACUUAGCUGCAGUAUUAAAAAUGAAGACCACUAGUACUCUAAUUGUUGAAAAUCAGAAGGCUUUGUUACAUUUAUACUUAUUUGUGAUGUGUAGGUAUGUUUCCCAAAUAAACCAAAGAUUUCUAUUAACUUUUUAA